AUGUUUUCCAACCACAUUCUCGCCAUCACCUUCGUCUCGCUCUUUGUGAUUGGCUUGUGUCAUGAGCCUAUGGAUGAUUUCACACUCAAAACUAAGAUGUAUAAAUUCGGACAAGCCAAAGUCCAAAAGCCGGAUUGCAUGAAAGCUUCUGAUAGUUUGGGCUGCGCUUGUCCAGUCUGCAAGGAUGUUGUCUACUUCACGAAAAUGAUGAUAAUCGAUCAUGCUGUUGAUGAACAACAAGUAUUGGAUAAGGUGUGCAGUAGAAUCUUUGGAGAUGACAAAACCAAGAAAGGAUUCUGUGAAUCUCUCGUUAACGAAGAGUUACCAAAGAUGAUUGAUUACGUCAAGAACCGUAUGGACCCUCGCAAAGUCUGUGAGAAGUUCUGUUAA